AUAAAUGUAGUACCCGUCGCGUAUGGCGUGUUCACAUUUGUGUUCACUGUUCAGUUCACACUUCACUUCACAGCAUUCCAAUUUUUGUUUAUCACUCGCUACUUAUUAUUAGUUAUGUACAUUAUUAAGAUAUAUGCUUUUAUGUGAAGUUAUCGCGAAUUCCUUGAAAAUCUCACUAAACUCGUUGAUUUUGCAAUUUGCAGCCUGACUUUUGGGAAUUGGGACACCCUGUAUUUAUUCAACGAAACUUUGAAAGCGAACAUGAAAUUGAGUAUGGAAAAUAUUCCCAAAUUACCGUUGUGGAAUAAGUGGAAGAGACCGGCGUCAAUUCCUUAUCCAAACACAUGGCAUAAAUUUACAGCAAAAUCGAAAGAUGGUAAAGAGUUCAAAAUAAAAAUUAUAGAUAUAACUCCGGAUAGAUUUGAAGAAAGCUUGGAAUUUGUACGAGAUUAUUGGUGCUCAUAUGAGCCUUUAGCCGUAUCUGUGAAACUGAUAGAAGAUGAAAUAUGUCUUCGAAAUGACUUGGCCAAGCAAAAUGCAUCCUUUCAGCAGCGUGUCUCUAUCAUGGCUGUAUUAGAUGAAGAUGUUCCAAAACCGAAAAUGAUCGGAUUACAAACGCUGUAUGUAGCUUCCAAAGAAGAUGAUCCUGCACCAGAAUUAGCUGGAAAUGCAAUGAGUAAACUUGAGAAGAUGAAUGAGGACCUGUAUGCAAAUCACGAUCAAUUCGAAAUCCUCGGAACUGACAGAGUUUUAAAAGGAUUCGGUUUAUGUGUUAGACCAGAUUACUGGGGAAUGAAUAUAGGCUACAACAUUGUACUCUGUUUGGAAAAAGUAGCCAAAGCUUAUGACUUGAAAGGAUUCAUGGCUUUGUACACUAGUAUUCAUUCUCAAGCUAUAGCUGCAAACGCUGGAUUCAAAGUAUACAACGAGAUAUUCUACGAUGAUUAUAAAGAUGAAAAAGGCAAUGCGAUGUUUCCCAUUGAGCUUACCAAAUCGGCCAAAUUGAUGGGAUUUAAAUAUUCGUGACCUGCGGAAGUGGUUGAAAUUUAAUAUUUAUGUAGGUAUAUGCAAAAUGAAAAAAUUUUCAUUUCCAUCCUUUAAUUUUAAGUCUACUGAUAAAUAGCAUAUAUCCGGGUUGAAUUUCUAUAAAUGUUAUGUAUUUUCAACCCUUGAAUUAUAAUUUGUAAUGUGAAAUUUUA